AUGUAUAUAUCAGCCAAGGUGGUUUUUUCUUCGAGUAGCAAUAUUGCCCAAGAGAGUACCAAGACAAGGUUCAGAAGACAGACUAAAAAGUCUGGACAAGAUCAAGACAAUUUCUCGAAACAAUCACACUUGUUUUAUGUUCCAUCGAACGGAAACUCACCACAAACUCAUAACGUUCAUUCAUCCAAUCAAGGCUAUUCAUCAGGAUAUUCGAUUCCAGAGUUUUCACCAAUGCAACAAGUACCAAAUUUGUCACAUCAAGCAACACUUGGUACUCCCUCUACAUUUGGUGGUACCAUGCCUUCGAUGGAUGCUCCGGUUUACCAAAAGAAUGACUCUCCAUCUACUCAUUCAUAUCAUCCUCAACAACACAGUAAUUAUUCCUUCAAUUCUCAAAACAAUGCUUAUUUUGCAACUGGAAAUAAUAAUUUAUUUAAUCCUUCCUCGAUAUCACCAAAUAGUCAAUUUUCACUUGGUGAGAGAAAAGAAUUCAAGGCACAAAACACGACUCCUUCAAAAGGAAAGAAGGGAGCAUUCCUCACUUUCUUGAUUCUCGUUGCUGUAUUUUUGAUUAUUGCUGGUAUUGCAUAUGGAAUUGUCAUGUACACAGGUUUACUUUCUCAAACGAGUUCCUCUUUCUUUAAUCAACAGGAGAGUAGUACCUCUUCUUUCAACAAUCCACAAUUCCAAGAUCAAAGAGGAACUCUUGAGCAAGAUGAUCACAAUUCUCUCCACAGAGUAUUGGACGAACAUAUUUCUAAUUUUGCUAAGGAGAACGAAGAGCAAGUGGAAGUAGAGAAUGACGAAGAACCUGAUCAAACUGAGACGCGGCAGAAAUCAAACACUCCCAACACUGCAGAUACUUCCCAAGAAGAAUCCUCAACCUCGACAACAACAACAGACAUGUCACACCAGCAACAGCAACAACAAGACUCCAAUACUCAAACUCCAACUCAACAACAAGCCAAUCAAGAAAAAAAGGAUGACUACAACUUUUAUGAUCCAUACAAGAAGGGACAAAAGACAGAUCAAACUACGACCGCCAAGAAACAACAACCACCCUCCAAAAAGCCACCAAAGAAACCUCAACCACAACGAAAAAAUGUCGAAAAAAAGAAGAUCACACUUCCACAGGAAAUUUAUGACAGAGUGUACUCUAACAAGAAGAGAUCUCGGUCCAACGAAGCCAAAUUCAACUUUAUGGAUGAUAAAAUUGAAAAGUAUCUUGACAGUCUCUCUAAGAGGCAAUAUAGUAGACUUUCUAAAGAGGAACGUACUGUAAUUCAACAAUACCUUGCAUUGAGAGAGAGAGAAUCCAUGCAAAAGACCUCCUCACAUAAAUACAAGAAAAAGGGUAUUAAGAAGAAGAAAGCUAAGGUGAAUCCAUAUGAAUUUGAUUAUUCGUCAAACCCUGUUCAAGAGGACGAAAUGGAGAUCACAAGCGAUCCUACGCUCCCAUUAAAAACAACAAGAGACAAGAGAGGACGUAUCCAUCAUGUCGAUCCAUUCGGCGAAAAUGAACAUGAAAAUGAUGAAAUGUAUGAUGAAGAUGUUAAAAGUUACAUGAGAAAUCCAAAUUAUCAAAAUUAUUUGGACAAUGAUCGAGAUUAA